AUGUCCUUCUAUACCAUACUCAUACUGUUGGAGCACCAGUUCAAAUUGGCCAGGAAAAUAUUUCGACUUUAUGAUAUUGCCAAUGCCACGCUGUUUAUGAGCAUGUUCAUGUCCACAAUGAAUAUCCUUUAUCAUUCCUACCUGUACAGCAAUAACACAAUCAAGCAUGAUGGUUGGGGAUCUAUUUUUGGCAACGGACUGAUCACUUUCAACAUCUGGGGAACCCUUAUGCUCCUCAAUACGCUGGAAAGAGCGGUGAGCUCAUGCAAUUGCACUGGCGAGCAGCUGAAGCAGUUUAACGAUCUGCCAAAGAUGACCAAAAAUUUUCAACGAGAGAUGGAAGAAUUUGCAACUCAUCUUAGGACCAAUCGUUUGGUUUACAAAAUCUGCGGACUCGUGGAACUGAACAAACCUGCUGGCCUCAGUUAUAUCGCCUCGAUCUUAACCAACCUCAUUAUCCUUAUGCAGUUUGACUUAAGACUAAGAUUAUUAUAA